AUAAAAUGUCAGUUAAUGUAUGAUAAAAUGGCAGCUGUAAAUUUUAAAACAUUAAAAGAGGAGGAGAUUAUUAAAUUCUUCAAUUCUUUUGACACUGUUCUCACAGAUUGUGAUGGUGUUUUAUGGAUGAAUAUGACACCUUUGAAAAAUGCAUCCACUGUAAUAAGUAAGCUCCAUGCUUUGGGAAAUAGAGUCUUUUAUAUUACCAAUAAUAGUACAAAAACAUUAGAAGAGUUUAUGGAUAAAUGUAAAAUAUUGGAAUUUGAAGCUUCAAAAGAUAAUAUUUUAUGUACUGCAAAUCUUUCUGCUAAAUACCUACAUAAGUUAGGUUUUUCUAAGAAAGCUUAUGUCAUUGGCUCUGAAGCAAUAACGAAAGAAUUAGAAAAAGUUGGUAUUUCACAUUACGGAGUAGGACCAGAUGUUAUUAAUUCAGAUAUAUCAUGUUCAUAUACAGUAUUUAAUAAGGAUCCUGAAGUUGGAGCUGUAAUUGUAGGAUUUGAUGAACAUUUUAGUUAUCCAAAAAUGGUUAAAGCAGCAACAUAUUUAAAUGAUCCAAAUGUACAUUUUAUUGGAACAAAUACUGAUGAAAGAUUUCAACUUGCCCAAAGCAUUGUUAUACCUGGUACAGGAAGCUUAGUUCGUUGUAUAGAAAGUUGUGCAGAAAGGAAAGCUCUAAUAAUGGGCAAACCUGAACCUUAUAUAGCUAAUAUUUUAAAGGAGAGAUAUAAUGUAAAUCCUGCAAGAACUCUUAUGAUAGGCGACAGAUGUAAUACUGAUAUUUUGCUUGGUACUAGAUAUGGUUUUAAAACAUUGCUUGUCUUAACAGGAGUUACCAAUUUACAACAAGUAGAACAGUGGAAACAAUCAAAUAAACCAGAAGAAAAAGAGCUUGUUCCUGACUAUUAUAUUGAUGCAUUAGGAGAUCUUUUAUAUUAUAUAGAAUUAUUUACAUCUAAAUCAAAAAAAAAUAUUAAUUUAGAAACUGCUAACAUUUACGCAAUAGAAAUCAAUUUCAUUCCAUCUAAAUAUCAAAAUAUAGGUGUAUUCAUAAUGUCGACAAAACAAUUGACAUCGAUAUCCAAAGAUACAUUUACAAGCUUGCUAAAUUCCAUUGAUGUUGUUUUAUCGGACUGUGAUGGUGUCUUAUGGAAAGAAAAUGAAGUGAUAGAAGGAUCACCCGAUACUGUGAAUAAACUUACGGAAUUAAAGAAAAAAUUUUUUUAUGUAACAAAUAAUAACACGAGAACGAGACCUGAAUUUGUAGAAAAAUGCAAAGGACUUGGUUAUAAAGCAGAUAAAGAUGAAAUAGUAUGUACAUCAUUUUUAGCAGCAGCAUAUCUUAAGGAAAAACAGUUCAAGAAAACAGCUUAUGUAAUUGGAAGUAACGCAAUUGGUAAGGAAUUAGAAGAUGUGGGCAUCAAGCAUUGUGGUAUCGGACCUGAUCUUAUGGAAGGAGAUGAAUUAGAUUUAGUAAAGGGAUUUGAACCACAACCAGAUAUAGGUGCAGUAAUUAUAGGUUUCGAUAAAUACUUUAGUUAUCCAAAACUGUUGAAAGCUACUACUUACUUAGCAGAUCCUACUGUUUAUUUCAUUGGAACGAAUUGUGAUACAGAUAGACCUUCUCCAAAUACAAAUAAAUACCCAGGUAGUGGUUGCUUUAUAAGAGCUCUUGAAGUAGCUAGCAAUAGAUCUGCCAUAAUGGUUGGGAAACCAGAAACAUUCCUAAGUCAAUAUAUUAUUAACAAAUAUAACUUAAAUCCUGAAAGGACAUUAAUGAUUGGGGAUAACCUUAAGACCGAUAUUCUUCUGGGAAAACGUUGUGGAUUCAAAACAUUACUUGUAUUAUCAGGGGUGACCACAAAGUCCGAGAUAGAAUCUAUAAUAUCAGGCCAAAAGCAAGAUGACCUCGUGAUACCCGAUUACUAUACUGAUCAAUUAGGAGAUGUGUUCCAUAUUUUAUCAAAUAAUUGAAAAUAAGUUUUGAAUUAAAAAUAGUUAACAUUAUUAACAUAAUUUAUGGAUAGAUUUCAUUUUGUAUGUAUUGCAAUCAUGAAUAGAGAUCUUUAUUUUGUUAAGAUCUUUAGGUAUAAUUCCAUCAUGCAUCGAUUUUUUCUUGUAACUGAUUUUUCUUGUCGCUUUAUUAGCGAAAUUAUAUCGUAAUAGCAGUAACGGAACUUGAUGUCAAUAUUAGUUAAAGUUAAAAAUUUAUCUGAUAACGCACAGACGAAAACAAUAUUUUUAUUGCAAAAUAAGAUCUUAUUUUUCCAAUGUAUAAAAUGUUAAUGAUGUGUAUGUAUGAGUUUAUAUAUUUUUCUGAUAUAUAAAGUCUUAAUGAUGUGUAUGUAUGAGUAGUCUGUACAAGCAUCUUGAUAAAUUAGGAUGUUUAGAGGAUUGACAUAGAAUUUCAAAAUCAAACAUAUCUAAAUAAAAUAAAUUAAUAUCUU